UCAAAAUAUCAAAAUGUGAACGACAACAAAAGGCAAAAAUGGUUUGGCAUGGAACGUGUUAAUUGUGAUCGAUUUGCGCAGACGGCGGUGAUACGAGGGACUCUAUUGGGGAUUCAACAAAUGCAAAAGGACGCCGGUGGCAAGGGGGGUGUUAUCGUAAACAUAUCGUCUGUGGCUGGUCUGUACUCGUUAUCUCAGCUUCCAGUAUAUUCCGCCACCGAGCACGCUGUGGUCUGCUUCAGUCGUUCGUUUGCGCUACCUUAUCAUUACGAGAAGACUGGCGUAAGGAUAAUGGUACUGUGCCCUGAGCUUUCUCACAGGUCCAACCCAGAUGUGAAAGAUUUGGAAGGCGAUCCCUCGCGGGAUGAAGUAAUACAGAAAUACAUCCGAAGAGUGGACAGCGUGGCACACGGAUUAGUUUACGUGAUCAGAUGCGCUCAGAAUGGAAGUAUUUGGAUCAGUGAGGAUGGGAAACCUGUCUACGAGAUACAACUGUUCGACACCCUACCGCAAAAAUAGUCUCACCGUGCGCGAGAAUGAGGAUUAAAUUAUUGAAUUUUGUAAAUAUGAUAUUACAACCGUGUUGCAAAUGUAUAUAAUACGUAUUUUUAUAUUAUAUAAGUUUCCAAGAAUAAUAAGCAACGAUAAGUAAAAUUACCACUGUUUAUACUUUAAUAGAGAAAUAAAAUCCCAGAAUGAUUUGCGA